GAAAGACGUACUGUAGAGCUCCUGGAGCACAGUCUGAGAGAAAAAAGGAGGGGGCACUGUUUCCCCUCUCUCUUCUCUCCCUCUGGCUUUAAAAAGUGAAACAGCUCUUUGAAAAGAAAGGGGGGAGGGGUCAAUGCCUUCUGUACUUUCACCAUCCUGUCUGGACUAUGAGGAGUAUAUAAUGCACGGACUCUAACUUGUAAUCCAGACACAACGCGGAGCUUCAGCCCGAGAACCAGCUGAGGACCUGACAACACAAAGGGCAUGAACCACGUCAAGCUGGCCCUUCUGGGAAGCCAAGGGGCUGGGAAAUCAGCUGUCCUUGUGCGGUUCUUGACCAGACGGUUUAUUGGGGAAUACGCCUCGAAUGCAAACUCCUUGUAUCAUAAGAGGCUAUCAAUAGACGGCCGGCAGCUGAAUCUUGAAGUGUUUGACCCCUGCUCUCAGAGCUCUGAGGCCAGGUGUAUCCUGGAGGAGCCGGUGGACUGGGCAGACGGCUUUGUGGUGGUGUACAACAUCAGCGACCGCACUUCCUUCAUCGACGCCAAAAGCAUCCUGCGGCAAAUCCGGGAGGCUCGCACGGACAACUGCAAAGGGGAGGCGGACGUUCCCGUGUGUCUGCUGGGCAACAAGCAGGACCUGUGCCACGUCCGGCAGGUGCGGGAGGACGAGGGCCACAGCCUGGCGCAGGAGAACCGCUGUCACUUCCAGGAGGUGUCGGCGGCAGAGAGCUACCAGGACAUCGCCAACCUCUUCACCCAGCUCAUCCGCCAGGUGAUGGAGCACCUGAAGUACCGGGCCGACCGCCGGCGCUACAGCGGCUCCAAGUCCAUGGCUAAGCUCAUCAACAAUGUGUUUGGCAAGAGAAGGAAAUCAGUGUGACGGUCCUGAGAUUGCUUUUUUUUUUUGGGGGGGUGGGGG